CAGAUGGUUAAAAGGAAACAGAUUCGAGAGCGGAGCGACACCCAUAAAGGAUAAACACGUUAGUUGAUCCACGUGCUCCGGCCUCGUAGCCGGCAGCCGGUUCCAAAUCUCGAGAUUUCGAUUUGCGACAGCCUCGAUUCGAUCCUGUGAUUCGAUGCGAACCGGUGAAAUGGUGCGAUAUAAAACGCAAGGAAACGUCGAAAAACCCGCGUAAAUUUAAUCGAACGAGGAUAAAUUAAUAUGUAAUUCCUUCGCGCGUGUGUAUCAUCGACGUGUGUAAGCAUCUGUAACCAUCCGUAUGUACGAUAACAUUGAAAACAUUGUGGAAGAACAAAGGACGAAAAAGGACUAAUGGUUGAUGGUCAAGAAAUUGAAAAAAAAAAAAAAGGAAAAAAGAUCGAAUUCGAAGAAUUAGUUGUGUUUCACGUAUCACGGAGAAGGAUAUUGCAGUGAUUUUUAUCCUUAUCCAAAAUCGAGAAAGUUGUUCUUUUCUUUAAUUAAAAAUCGGAAUUGGAAUCGAACGCGCUCUACGUUUACGCGUUCCUACUUUCUACGUACUAUAUAUAUAUAUAUAUAUAUGUGUGUAGAGUCGUGGGUUUGAUCGAUCGUAUUAUCGAUUCGAUUUACGAUCGUAAUAACCGUAAUAUAAAAUAUCCGACUAUAAAAUCUCGUGGACGAGAAGAAAGAGAAAGAUCGUCUGGUCGAUAUAGGAAGAAAGGAGGAGAAGCGUAACGAGGAGGAGAAGAAAAAGGAGAAGAAGAAGAAGAAGAAGAAAAAGAAGAAAGGAGAAGAAGCGCAAGGUGGCUGGGGGCGAGGAGGUGACCACCACGGCAGAAGCCGCGGGACGAUGAGCGACGGCAUAGUCGGUGCAAUUGCGAUCAGUUUGUUUGGCAGCGAGAAGAAACGUCGAGACAGCAUGGAUGCUGGUUACACGAUACUCGGCAACGAUAUCGAUGUUUGCAGAAUGUUCGACCAAUUUUCUUACAAGAGAAACGAGAGUUUGGAUUUUUCGUUGAACGUUCCGCAGCAUCAUCAUUCGACGCAGUAUCAUCAGAAUAGCUACGCCAUGGCCGAUCAAACGUUUCACACCCCUAGUUUUGGUGACGAGGAUUUCGAUAUACCGGCCAUCCACUCCCAUUCUCACCAACAACAUCAGCAACAGCAACAACAGCCUCAACAGCAACAGCAGCAUCAAACGCAACAACAAACUCAGCCUCAACAUGAUCCGAUGCACGGUUACCAAACACAGAUGAUGCAAACCGGUAACGUUCAACAAUCUUCGGACGGAUUGAAUUUAGAUCCUGGUGGAUAUCAACAAUCCCUUUACUUGCAACAGGAUCACUCGAUGCAACAACCGAUUAGCGUAAGCUCGACAUAUAAUACGUCGCAGGGUUCGUACGUGAGUAUGAGCUCACCACGACAACAACAUGGAAACCAGCAAAUAAUGUUGCUUCAACAGCAGCAGCAGCAGCAACAGCAACACCAGCAACAACAAGUUCAGUUGCAACAGCAUAUACAGUACAUGCACACUCAACAGCAACAGCAACAACAGCAACAACAAUUGCAGCAGCAAAUGCAGUAUAGAAGUCCAACGGGUGGUAGUCCCUCCGCGAUACAAUCGAAUACUGUACCCGAGCCGAAUAACAAUACCACUACUAGCGAGGAUAGCGACGACAGUACGCCUCAUUCCGGAAUGAUUACCGGGAUUAAGCGACCCUCGCCGGAGCCGACUGACGUUGGAGCAAAAAAUCAAAGGAAACCAAAAUCGCAGAAAAAGAAGAAAAAGAGGGAUCCCAACGAACCGCAAAAACCUGUUUCGGCGUACGCUCUAUUUUUUAGAGAUACCCAAGCCGCGAUAAAAGGGCAAAAUCCGAAUGCGAGCUUUGGCGAAGUUUCAAAGAUCGUAGCUUCGAUGUGGGAUGCGUUGGAUACGGAACACAAGAACGUGUACAAAAAGAAAACGGAAGCCGCCAAAAAAGAAUAUCUGCAGGCUCUUGCGGCGUAUAGGGCGUCUUUAGUUAGCAAGGGAGCAGCCGAAAACGACAAUCAACAACAUCAACAACAACCGCAACAACAGCCAACGCCGCAACAACAAGUUCAAUACGCAGCAUAUGGUAAUUAUACCGGGAAUGGAACACCCGGAAGUGUCUCGUAUCAAGUUUACAGCCCACAACCGCAACCCUCUUCGCCUCAACAACAACAUCCGCAUUCUCAUCCGCAUCAACAACUUCAACAUCAUCAGCAAUCGACGCAACAAAUGCAAAUAAAAAAAUCUCCUCACCAUUUAACGAUGCCAGGAAAUCCACAGCAACAACAAACGCAACAGACUUUGAUGGCAACAUCGAUGGCACCAACGCAUAUUUCGCAACAGCAACAACAACAACAACAACAACAACACAUGCAACAACAAUACAUGCAGAUACCACAGCAACAAGUGCAACAAGUGCAACAACAGUCGCAACAAGUACAACACCACCAACAACAACAGCAACAAUCGCAACAACAAUUGAUGCAUACGAAUCCGGCAAAGAGUGAUACAUUAUCGAGUUCUCCACCAGCAGUGAACUCUGUGACUCAAGCUGCGAGCAUGGUUGGUCAAAGACCAACGUCGAACGCUUGUAUACGCCAUGGAUGCCCGAAUACCGCUGUUGCGAAUAGCGAAUGGGAAGACGAGUAUUGCAGCAACGAAUGCGUGGUUAGUCAUUGCAGGGAUGUCUUUACCACGUGGGUAUCUUCGAAUCAAAAUCCGCAACAAAACUUUUCGACCGUUAAAUAAGGAUAGGUCGUGCUAGUUGAAAAAUAGCAAUCGUUUAAAAUCUUUCCUACAAUUUCUUACAAUCGUGGAACACGAGUAUACAUUUACCUUAUAUAUUUGAAACGUGAUUUGAUUCGCUAUCUUUUGUACAUAUGUCGACCACACGAAGUUUUUUCGCUUUAAAUCAAAAAAAAAAAAAAAAAAAAAAAAAAAAAAAAAAAAAAAAAAAAAAAAAAAAAUGAACGACUGAGAGCGCGAGUCGCUACAUCGAUCUAUAGGUUUCAUUUGAAAGACUGCCUCCACGCGGCAUACGAUGCUCGUCGACUCGGAUAUAUAUUGCCGUUUCACAUUUUCACCGAUUACUUUUCAUGGACGAGCAACAUAGCUGCGUAAUCGCGAAAGAGUAUUAGAAUCGCCAAAGUAGCCGAUAAAAUCGGGCUGUAGUUCGAAGGAAUUCAUUUCGAUGUGUUGUCGUGCGCGCGUUUGCCCAUUGUCGUUUGCGGAUCGUUCAAUGCGCAUACGCUAUCGAAUUAAUAAGAGAUUUAAUAAUGAAGCGCGGACCGAGUUGUAUUCCUUCAUUCAAAUCUAGUUAGGAAUCGUUUAACGAUAGAUAACAGUAAAUUCGUAGAGAUAUAUUCAAAAACUUUAGAAUACGUCUAUAUAAAAUUUAUGGAUACCCCGUCGUAUCAGAAUCAAUGAGAAUAAAUACGAAUUUGGAAAGAAGUUUCCUCGAUUAGUAAAAAGAAAUAAAAAAAAAAUAUCGAUUGCCAAUUAAACGUAUAGUAAUUUGUCUAUAUAAUCGAUGGGAAUUAAUGAUAAACGAAUCGAAAAUUCCGUCGACUCCUGUAUAAGAAAGAAAGAUUGCUGAUGGCGUUAAAGAUGAUAAUGGAAGAUGAAAGAAGAAAAAGGAAAUACCACGGUAGCCAUCAAAAAUCUGUAACACAACUUAUUUUUGUAUAAUUUUACAAAGGAAUAAAAAGUUCGUGCAAAUAAUACGAAAUAAAAAAAAAAAAAAAAAACAGAAUGGUACGAACCGGACGAAUUGUGGCCAACGUUUGCUAAAACUAAUCUUUAUGGUCGAUUCAAUAAUUUUGUUCGAAUUCCAGUUUGCUCCUCAUAUUCAAUUUUUAACAAGUGUACGAUCGAUGAAAACAAUCAAUGAAAAGGAAGCAAACGAAUCAACGUAAUUUAUUUCGAAACAAUAAUAGGCUGUAUUGACGCGAGUCUUUAACCGUUCAAGAUCGUCGAACGAGAACGAAAGAUUCUAAAAAAGAAUAAAAAAGGAAGAGCUUAAAAUCUUUGAUAUUUUAUUAACUUGAUUGCGAAAAUGCAUCUCUUCCUAAAUUUUCUCAUCUGUUCUCGACGGUGAUUUUGCUCGAUCUCUGACUCCAGAAGUACAUGGAAUUAGUGAAUGAAUGUUUAUAUUACGAAAGAUUGCGUAAUACUUUCGUGACAGAUAGGACACAUGCGCGUACACGCAUAUGAAUGCGUGAUUUUGGUAAGUUUUUAAAUAAUUUUUUUUCUCCUUUCCUAAAAAAAUCCUUGUAUAUAUAUAUAAAAAAAAAAGGAAUAUUCCAUAGAUUUGUAAGCUGUAUGAUGUAAACAUAAUCGAUAGUGUAACAUAUUGAUGAUACACACACACACACACACACACACAUCCACACAACACACAUACACCACAGAUAUAUAGAUAUAUAUAUAUAUAUAUAUAUACGCAUAUAUAUGUUUGAGCGUGUGAUAUAUAUAUAUAUAUAUAUAUAUCAUAGAAACGUAUAAACAAUAUAUAAUAUAAAUGUAAAGAUUAAUCGGUCGUGCAUAUAUGUAUACAUACCAUACGUGCAUAUGCCUGUAUACGUAUACCUGAUUCACGUCUGUAUGUACGUAUGUAUAAAUGUACAUGCACAUGUAAUCAAAAUGAUAACUGUAGAGUUAUCAUAAUUGUAUGUGAAACUACAUCAUUGCAUAUAGAUGACUAUGAAUUGAUUCAAAAUUGUUUCAAAGAUGAUAAAUUUUGCGAAUCGAUUCUUAAUAGAGGACUGAAUGAGGUUAGAAUUUUUUCAGGGUUAGUCAUAAUCGCAUAAAUCUGUAUACCGAAGAACAAAAACACAAAAAACAAAAGAAAAGAUGAAAAGAGAAAAAAGAAAAUAAAUUUAGAAGAUAUCAA